UUGACAUCGCGGAGUGUGCGUGCCAGUGGAAAGGUAAGAUGGCGGCGGAUGGAGAUGUGAUUCCUGAUCAAGAAAAAGUACGAAUAGUUUCGGACUUUAUACUGCAUUCGCCACCAGGCGAAUUCAACGAGGUUUUCAAUGAUGUGAGGGUCUUGUUGAACAACGACAACCUGUUGAAGGAGGGUGCGUCCGGAGCAUUUGCUCAAUACAACAAGGAUCAGCUCACGCCUGUUAAGAUCGAAGGAAGCGAAUAUCCCGCAGUUAUAACAGAACACAAUGAUUUAGGCGGGCAAAGGUUUUACGAUGCCCGCAGUAAGCAAAGUUUUAAAUACGAUCAUCUUAGAAAGGAGGCCCAAGAUUACGAACCGUACGAACCAGAUCCUGUAGCUGAACCUUGGAGGUCAGCUUUUCAAGAUGAAAUAACGACUUAUACUCAAAGUCAUUAUAGACACGGUGCAUGUUCGGUUUUUGGAAAGAGCCAAGGAGGAAACAUUACAUUAACGGCUUGCAUAGAGGAUCAUCAAUUUCAACCUAAAAAUUUUUGGAACGGUCGUUGGCGUUCCGUAUGGACUGUUAGUUUUAGUCCAAGUUCCGGUAAUGUGGAAUUAAGAGGUAGCCUUAAAGUACAAGUUCAUUACUACGAAGAUGGAAAUGUACAGCUGGUCAGUAGCAAAGAAGUAAAAGAAAGCUUACCAAUCUCUAACGAAAAACAAACAGCAAAGGAGUUAAUACGACUUGUUGAGGAUUCAGAAAAUGACUAUCAGACUGCUAUUUCGGAAAACUAUCAAACAAUGUCUGACACAACCUUCAAGGCCUUACGAAGGCAAUUACCCGUUAUGCGAACGAAAAUUGACUGGAACAAAAUUGUAUCGUACAGUAUUGGCAAAGAGCUUAAAAGUCAAUAGAACUAGAUUUUUUUAUAUAAUAUUAAGAGAAAUAAUUAAAAAGCGCAUUUUGCUGCAUGGGUGAAGUCUGGAGGUGUGAUGUGCAUGGGAGCAAAUGUAACAAUGCUAUAUAAAGUUUGGUUAAAAAUGUUUGACUGAAACUCAUGCAUGCCACUCAAGGUUCCUCUGGACCCCUUAUUACGUAUCUUAUUGCAAGGACUAAAGCAAUAAAAGAAAAAGAAACAUCUUAGUAGUCAUCGAUUGCUUAAGGAAAAAUAGACAUUUUCAUUAAAAUAUUAUUGUUUUUCUACUCAUUUUUAUAAGUUCUAUAUUAACGAUUUCUAACUGCUCGGUAAACUAUAUUUACUUCCUCGUAUUAUAUUUUUAAUGAAUUCGUCGGCAAAUAUUUUGCUAAAACACUGAUUUCAUAUAUAAUAGGAUUUACAUGCUGGUUAGAAACACUCAUCUAUAUUAUGAAAACAAUAUCCAUUGUUUUACAGUAUUCGAGACAUAAUAUUAAUUUAUACGUUAAUCAUUAAUUAAUAGAUGGGUGUUACAUUUGCUUAUAAAAUUAUUAGCAUUUAAUAAAUUUACACUGUUGGGGUAACGGGGAUCCUUGGUCUUACUUUUUGUAAGUAUUUUAAUUAGAAUUAUAUUUAGUGAAUCAAACUACGUCGAAUCUGUAAUUAAUAGCCAAAAUCAAAUAUGAAUUAGAAAUCUGGAGUGGAAUAUUGGAAUUCAUUAAUGCAUUUAAUGGAUUCAUUCAAAGUUUAUCAAUUAGAUAGUAAUCUAUACUGUUAGUAUUGAACAGGUAUAAAUUAUGUAAUUAAUAUUUUCACGAUCUCGUGCAAUAAUUAAUUUUUAACGUGAACGACAUUUCCGAUGAGUUGCAUUUACCGAAUCUAUCCAUUACGAUUAAUUACGUGGAUUAUUGUCUUAUUGAUAAUUUGGAUGAAUGUAUCGAAUCUACUCUGUAAAUUCUGUACCAUGCAAUUUAUUGUGUUCACGUUUUGGAGUAGAAGCUUUAUAUUAAAAAGGUUGAAUAAUUUUUCCUUCUUUUAAAUUAUAUAUCGAUAUCAUGGUGUUAACAGUCAAAGUAUAGCAUAAUGAGAAAUGUUACACAGUGGAAAGGAUAAUUGCUGUCUAACAUGUGCAUGUUCAGUCAGCCUAAUAAAAUCAUCGAGUUAAAAAAUACUUGAAUCAGUGACGAUUAAAAUUUCAAUUCGUUAGUUGCACAAUAAUAACAAUUUUUUCUAACACUUAAGCCUUGUAACACCUAAAAAGCACAAUAACACAUCUCGUAUAUCUUGAAAUGAAUAUUACCGUACUGGUUUCAUGCUAUGUACAAAUGCAAUAGCAUGCUGGGGCCACAGGUGAUGUCAAAAUAUCUAAUAUCAAAUGGAAUAGGUAUGUCUAUCUUUGGAUUCACAAUCUGGUACGCAAUGCCAUUACGUGUUCAUACCAUUCGAUACACAAAAUAUAUAAAGGAGAACUUAACUCGUAAUAAAAUAUUGGUGGGCAAGGCCUACUAUUUUUGUCCAAUUUUAUAUUUCAUAAAAGUAUAAAUUUAUACAUUUUUGUUAAGAUGUAUUGUUUUACGAUAAGUAUGUCUAUUAUGGCAGAUACGUUGCAAAGUUUAAUAAUACCGAAUAAAAUAUAUGUUAAUCAUUGCAACUGAUUAAUUUCUGUGUUAAUGAUAUUGUAGUUGUAUGGAUCAUUUGUAUCAAAUAAUGAUGUUGGAAAAUCUUUUGGUGCUAUCGCUUACCACACAUUACACAACCAGACAUGUACGCGGAAACGGAAACUAACAAAGUACAUAAUGCAUUGUACAUUGUAGAACGUAGCCUAUAGCCCGCUGGAGCCUUAAUCUGUUCACUUUACGUUGAGGGGGUAUUAUGUACAUAUGUUAUUUGAAUGAAUGAAUGCGACGAAGCACACUACCAUUUGACUUUUCAGACUGUAGGAUUCGAAACAUGUUUGUAAUAUUAUUCAUAUUUUGUAAGUUACAUCGUAAUUCAAACAUUUUUAUUUAACCAUGUCAUUCGAUACAAUUUUUGAAAGGAAUUUUUGGAGCAAAACACACGAAAAACAAUUUUAAAUAUAAGACCCACCAAAAAACUGUUUUAUUAGUUAUGAAAAAAGAAAGUUGA